AUGAGCCGUCAAAAUCUAUAUCGCACUCUUGAUUCUAGUCUUCAAAAUUUGCAUAACAUGAUACAUGUUGGAAAAAAGCCAAUGGACAGAUGUGCCUACCUUCACUUUAAAUCUGAAGCAGAUGCCAGCAAGUUUUUCCAUGCCCAUCAAGGCGAUCAAUUGUUUGGUUUUUUACAAGUGAAAAUUGCCCCUGCCCAAUAUUCAAACGGCCAAUCUGUUCAGUAUAAAGUACCAACAGAAUCAUUGUCAGUAGAUCCACCAUCACCUUUUUCUUCAUCAAAUGAAAUACCACCACCACCAGAUCCACCAUCAACCUCUUCUUCAUCAAAUGAAAUACCACCACCACCGGAUCCACCAUCAACAACUUCUUCAUCAAAUGAAAUACCACCACCACCAGAUCCACCAUCAACCUCUUCUUCAUCAAAUGAAAUACCACCCCCACCACUAGAUCCACCAUCAACUUCUUCUUCAUCAAAUGAAAUACCACCACCACCAGAUCCACCAUCAACCUCUUCUUCAUCAAAUGAAAUACCACCACCACCACCGGAUCCACCAUCAACUUCUUCUUCAUCAAAUGAAAUACCACCACCACCAGAUCCACCAUCAACCUCUUCUUCAUCAAAUGAAAUACCACCACCACCGGAUCCACCAUCAACAACUUCUUCAUCAAAUGAAAUACCACCACCGGAUCCACUAUCAACUUCUUCAUCAUCAAAUGAAAUACCACCACCAGAUCCACCACCAACUUCUACUUCAUCAAAUGAAAUACCACCACCAGAUCCACUACCAACUUCUACUUCAUCAAAUGAAAUACCACCACCACCGGACCCACCAUCAACUUCUUCAAUGACACCUGAAGUACCACCAACCCAUCCACCAUUAACUUCUUCAUCAAAUGAAAUACCAUCGACACCCUCAUCCUUGUCUCCAAUUCAAACAGAUGUAUCAGUAUCAGCAUUCAUUUCAUCAACGCUUGUACCACUACAUAAACAUCGCAACGGAAAGGAACACGACGAAGAUACAUCUGAAGACGAAAAUAUCGAUGAUGACAGUCUUACCCUUAAUCAUCUUCACAACAAUGUGGCUACAAGCUUGAAACGACUUGCCAACGAUUUUUCUAACCUCGAAAAAUUCUAUGCUGAAAAACGACAAAAGACGAUCUCAUUGGCAAAACAGUUCGAAACUUUGCAAAAAUAA